AUGUGUCUGCGCUGUCUCAAGCGCUCAUUGAACGCCAUCGAGACAGCUGCGCCAAACCAUGUCAUACAGCGGUCCUCAUUCUCCACAUCGACGUCCCUCUCCGCGCAACCGGUACAGAAGAAAAAGGGUGUAGUCGCGAAGCCAGCAUCCCGAGCAGGACGAACAUUACGUCUCACCAAGAACAAGCGCGCAUCACCAACUAGACCCCCAGCUGUUGGUGAACGUAAGGCACUUCGGAAAAGGGUUGUGCUCAGCAACACCAAUGCUCUCGAGAUCCAAGGCCUUCCGGAUCUCGACGUGGGAAACAUAAACAGCGAAGUCCUUCAAAAGUUUCAAGGAGCCGUCUUGGGCCUCAAUAAUCCUACCGUCGAUGCGCUACGAGCAGCAGAAGCCUUCAAACCUACACAAGGAUGGAGUCUUUUUCGACGACCGGCGACAUUGAUCCGGAAAGAGACCGUGGACCUUGCUGGUGACAUAGAGUGGGUCGCGGCAGUAAAAGCAGCAAGAACCGUACGGAAGGUCAUUCAUGGUGAGCGCGACAGCGGUAAGAGUGUGUUACAGCUUCAAGCCAUGGCCAUGGCUUCACUGAGGAAAUGGGUUGUCGUGCAUAUACCAGAAGCCCAGGACUUGGUCAAUGCUCACACUUCCUAUGAGCCCAUCGAGACGGAAAAUGGAACCAUGUACGUCCAGCCACACUACACCGCGAAGCUGCUGGACAACAUCGCCAAGGCCAAUCGCAACACAUUAGAAACAUUGAAGAUGAAGCAGCAGCACAAGCUGCCAAUUCCUCUCCCGGCGAACAGCACACUUCUGCGGCUCGCAGAGUUAGGUGCUCGAGAUCCAGACGCUGCAUGGCCCGUCUGGCAAGCAUUCUGGGCUGAGCUUAGUGCGCCAGGAGGCGACCUUCCGCCAGUGUUUUACAGCUUGGAUGGCUUCGAUCACGUUUCGCGGCUGUCCGCAUACUUGGAUCCCGACGUUCAGCCAAUUCACGCACACGAACUCACACUUGUGAAGCACUUCAUCGACUUGCUCUCUGGCAAGAUACCUCUUCCGAACGGCGGCAUGGUCCUCGCCGCAGUGUCUGAAUCGAACAAGGCAAGCGCACACACUUUACACCAUUGUAUCAAGCGCAAUGAAGCCAUUCAAGGCAACAAGCAACCUCAGGCGGGUGACCCAUACGUCGCUUAUGACAAGUGGGUACAAGAUGCAAUGGCGACUGUAGGCGUCACAAAACUCCGUGGUCUGAGCAAAGAAGAAGCUCGGGGUGUUAUGCAGUACUAUGCGCAAUCGGGAAUGCUCAGGAACGGUGUCACGGAGAACCUCGUGAGUGAAACCUGGACACUCUCUGGAGGCGGUAUCAUCGGUCAGAUUGAGCGAGGCACUGUACAGGCAUUGCGUGCAUGA